CACAUGUAAAGAGAGCCGGUUCAGUCAGGAAGGUAAACACUUAUUGAGGGCAGCAGUGUCUAUUACAUUGAGGUAUCAUAAUGGCACCGUUGUGAGGUUGGUAUGUUUGGCCUAGCAACACAUUUUCGUUGGAGAAGGUCUCCCCUUUGGCAGAUUGUUGCCUUGCUCAGCCCAUCUGCCACUGGGAGAGGCUCACAGUGAAGAAGCAUGUCCAGUGGGAAUGAGUCCUGUCUGUUUGAGAACGGAUCCGUCAGCUUCUUCUCCUGCUUAGUUCAUGUGUGGGAGGCAGGGCUCGGGCAGCUCGAAGACUACCUCAGUUUCUUGGAGUAUCUGCUCUGGGUUUUCACACCUCUAGCCAUAGUCUUCAUCCUGCCUUUUCUCAUAGUCAUCCUCCUCUAUCUGUCCAUACUCUUCCUCCAUGUGUACAAACGUAAGAACCAGUUGAGGGAAGCUUAUUCCAAUAACCUGUGGGAUGGUGCAAGAAAAACUCUGGCAACCCUAUGGGAUGGACAUGGAGCUAUUUGGCACGGUUAUGAAAUCCAUGGUUUAGAAAAGAUUCCAGAUGAAGGACCUGCUCUUAUAGUCUACUAUCAUGGAGCUAUUCCUGUAGACUACUAUUAUUUCUUGGCAAGUGUUAUCAUUCAAAAGGGAAGAACUUGUCAUUCGGUGGCUGAUCAUUUUCUGUUCAAGGUCCCAGGGUUUAAGCUUCUCUUGGAGGUGUUCAGUGUGAUCCACGGGCCGCAGGAGGAGUGUGUGAAGGCCCUGCGGAACGGCCACCUCCUGGGCAUCUCUCCUGGAGGAGUUCGGGAGGCCCUGUUCAGCGACGAGACAUACCCUCUGCUCUGGGGCAAACGCAAAGGAUUUGCACAAGUGGCCAUUGACUCUAAAGUGCCAGUUAUACCCAUGUUUACUCAAAAUCUGAGGGAGGGAUUUCGCUCUCUUGGAACAUUAAGAUUUUACCGCUGGGUAUAUGAGAGAUUUCGCCUACCGAUAGCACCCAUUUAUGGAGGAUUUCCAGUCAAGUUUCGCACCUACUUGGGUGACCCCAUUCCAUACGACCCCAAACUCAAUGCAGCUGAGUUAGCUGAAAAGGUGCAAGAGGCAGUUCAAGCACUUAUCGACAAACACCAGAAGAUACCUGGAAACAUCCUCCGAGCUCUUCUAGAGCGAUUCCAAAGGGAACGCAAAGAAGAUUAGCACACUUGCCUUUUCUCAGACUGAACGAAUAAAUAUGCUUCAAGCAUAAUUCAACUGAAUACUAGAGAUUUUAUAAUAUUGUUACAUCAUAAGAUUAGCAACUACGUUACUGACACUCCUAAUGGAAGUAUCAGCAUAUACUGCAGUGUUGCAUAUCAAAUAAUGGUGCGUGUCUUUGUAACGUCUGGUUACGUGUAGUUUUGUGCAUUUUAAAGAGUGUGUGUUUGUUUUUUUAAUUUACAACUUAUUUGCACACUUUGAUUUUAUUCAAAGGACCACUGCCAAAAUAGUUUCCACAAAGCCUUUGGUUAGUUUUUCUUUCUUUCCUUUUAAAAAUAUAACAUUCUGUCCUGGAAAUCGAAAAUAUUUAUCUACCUGAAGGAAAAUUGUGCAUACUGUGAUUUUUGGGAUUUUGUAAGCACACUUAAUAAUAAUGAUGAGAGAUAUAUGCUUGAACAUUUGUUGUUUGAUGUUGAAUAUUUACAGUUUUAGUCUAACAUCUCUGUAUUAAUUUUCAGAGGUCAACUGCUGUCUAUUUAAGCAUCAGUUGAUAUUGGUUUGUCCCGCUCUCAGAGCUUAUCAUAAUAUUCUGAUUAUUAAAAAAAAAGUAUGCAAUUACUAAUGAUGUUAUUCAGGCAACGAAGCAUACACGUUUUUCAGAAUUCAUUAAGAUUUUGUAACAUUCCUGAAAUUUAUUGAUUUACUACUUCAUUACAUAAAGGCUGUUGAAUCUAAUAAGUUGUGAAAUUUGAUCGGUGUGGAAAUAAUGGCUGUUAAUGUAUGAUUUUAUAAAAUAUUUUGUUAUUCACAAUAAAACUGAAUAUUCCUAUGGAUUCAGUGUUGGUAAAACAGUUUUAAUGCACUCUUGUGCUUAGUAAACCACUCUCCCAUGAUCCUCUGGGAGACAAUGUCUUGUGUGUGACAAAGAUCAAAUGUGAGCAUGAGCGCAGUCUUUGUCACCCUGUCCUGUGAUCUCUGUGCACAUUCGGUGCGUUUGGUGUAUGAUAUACAAAUGCACCAGUGUUGCUAUUUAUAAAUCUGUUUGGUAUUAACUCACAGCAUCUGUGCAUCCAUUGUAAAUCCCCCAAAAAAUCACUUGGGAAAAAAUAAAAAUUAUUUUUUUGGAAGAAAA